GUCUCUCUUUUUUUUAUCAUUUUCUUUUUCUUCUAUUCCCCUCUGAUAAUACAUUUUUCUUUAUCAGGAAAGUUUCAGGCUGUGGUUGUUCUUUUUUUCUUUUUCAAUGGUUGAUCAUUUUUUUUAUCAUCAUGUCUGAAGUUGGUAGUAUAAAAUGCUGCUCCGGAAUUAUGCUAUAAAUGGAAAGUUGUGAAAGAUUGGUUGCUAUUUAGGUGGAUAAGUCGGCUGCUUUUUUCAUUUCUUGUGGCAUCCUCGAGUGGUUAAACUUUGAUCUUUGAAAAUAUGAUGUAUUGAGUAUUAUCUUAAUGCAAAGUUUCUAAUGAGUUUUGGCUACAUUUAUUUUCUUGGUUUUCACUUAUUGUCCUGUUUUCCGAAUCUGUUAUGUGAUUGUGUUGGUGGACAGUGGUGGUUAGUCCUGUUUGUUUCCCUGUCUUGGUUCUGUUUGCUUUUGUCCUUUCCCAAAGCUCUUGUUGUUUGUCCAUCUUUUUUGAAACUUCACUGCUGGAGAACAAACUAUUGAGAUCUUUUAUGGAGAAUAACCUUUUUAAGGUUACACUGUGUAAUGAAGAUCUUUGAUGCAUGUCUCUAACUAGGUGCUUUCUUGAUUCUGGGAGUUAGCAGGAAUCUGAGCAUAUACUAUUGUAGGCGCAACAAUCUCGGCAAAUCAUGGAAUCUAGGGAAGGAAUGAAUACGGGGGUGACAGUUAUAGCUCCUGAGGCUCCGUCAAGCUAUCAUGUGGCACCUAGGACUGAAAAUUCAACCCCAAUUGCAGUAACACCACCGGCACUUCCAUCCCCGGCUAGUGCAGUCUUGUUUGGUACCUCUGACAAGAAAAAGAGAGGCAGACCAAGGAAGUACAGUGCUGAUGGGCCAAAUUCCAGGCCUCUGUCCCCAAUGCCAAUAUCAUCUUCUGCUCCAGCUGUAGCUGGCAACUUCUUGGCUGACAAAACAUCUGCUGGUGGGAGGCCGUACACUUCAGAGAAAAAGCACAAGCCUAAAGUUGAAAACUUAGGUGAAUGGGUUGCAUGUUCCACUGGUGGAAGCUUUUUGCCCCACAUGAUCACUGUUAAUGCUGGGGAGGAUGUUUCAAAGAAGAUCGUCUCAUUCUGUCAAAAUGGGCCCCGUGCUAUUUGUGUAAUUUCUGCUGUUGGUUUGAUUUCAAAUGUUACUCUUAGGCAGCCAAAUUCUUCUGGGGGUACUCUAACUUAUGAGGGCCGAUUUGAAAUUCUUUCUUUAUCUGGAUCCUUCACCCCUACAGAAUUAGGGGGUUCUCGAGUUGCCCGAACUGGUGGUAUGAGCAUUUCUUUGGCAAGUCCCGAUGGCCGUGUUGUGGGUGGUACACUUGCCGGACUGCUGGUUGCGGCCAGUCCAGUACAGGUUGUUGUUGGCAGUUUCCUACCAAGCAACCACAAUGAACUGAAGCCCAAGAAGCAUAAAUACGAGCACAAAUCACUUGCUGCUGCAGGAUCUGCUGCCGCUGCUCCUCGUACUAAUAACAUGCUUGUUGAGCACAGGAUCUCUACCGUACAAGGCCUGAACAAUGUCAUAUCUGAUAAUCAAGGCAUGGUUGCAUCCUCAACCCUCCAAACAGCUAAUUGGGCAAAUAUUUCUUCCAUGGAAGACUCGAGAAAGUCCAACACUGACAUCAACAUUUCCUUGCAAGGGCAGUAAUUUUCAUGUCCCCAUGGAGGUCCACAUCUUGAAGGGGUUUAUGAUUUCUUAAUCCCAGCCUGGACCGGAAUUAAUCAGCUUUAGUCAAUGCAGGAUUAAUUAACUCAUAGUUAUGUUAACGUUAAUUAGUAAGAAAUCCCUAAUAACUGACUGAUGCUAUCUGGGAACUUUGUCACUCAGUUGUAGGAAGUCUGGUACUAAUGUUCUUAUGCUAUUUGUUGCGAGGGCCUUAAUCCACAGUAUUUAUGCACCAGCAGUGUUCAAGCUCA